CCCUCUCCCCUCCCCUCGCGCACAGUACCCCUGGAAGAUUUGGGGGCUUGACCCGCCGGCCGUGGUACGUCCGUCCACCAAUUAACCGGGAAUAAGAGAGGAAACAAGUGAUCAGUCGCCAUGGUUGCGCGUCGCCACUGUGCAGUGCAUCCGCGUCACCGCGCUCUUCCCCGCUGCCCGGCCUACGUGGUAUUACUACAUUACGGAGUCGCGAUUCCAUGGUGUAUAUAAAGGAGCUUUGCCUCGUCCUUCUCCCCUCCUCCUGAGAGCUCCGAUUCACCACCACUCGACUCGAGCUCUUCUUUUGCGUGAGUGCGUGUGGAGAGAGAAGAGGAGAGGGGAGCAGCCCGUUUCUUGCCGCCCACCUGCCCUUCGCCGGCUCACCUGCGUCGCGGAUGAGAAGGAGCGCACCGGCGGCGGCGGCGGCGGCGGCGUGAUCCUCUUCGCUCCUCGCUCCGAGCGGAGGAGAGGCGGGAGAAGAGCAAGGACCGAGCGGGGCCCAGCCCAGGCCCAAUGGAGCAGCGCCACCGACCGGCCGCGGCCGCUGAUGACACAACUAAGAGAAGGACCACCAAAAGCAAAAGUUUCAAAGAUGUCGAGAACUAUGAAGUUCUUGUCCUUGAGAAGAACUGCGGUUGCAAGUUCAAAUCCUUGCGCUACUUGCUUAUAGCUAUUGUUUCUGCGACAUUUCUUACCCUCCUGACUCCGACGCUGUACGAGCGCCAGCUACAAUCAAGUUCUCGGUAUGUUGAUGUUGACUGGAUAUGGGACAAAACAAGUGCUGAUCCGCGAUAUGUAUCAUCCGCUGAUGUUCAGUGGGCCGAUGUAUAUACAGCUAUAGAAGAUCUUAGUGCUGGUAACCAAGAGCUCAAAAUUGGACUCCUGAAUUUUAACAGCACCGAGUAUGGCUCUUGGUCGCGCAUACUCCCCGAAAGCCAUGUUUCGAUUAUAAGACUUGAGCAUGCCAAGGACAGCAUUACUUGGCCUAAACUAUAUCCUGAAUGGAUAGAUGAGGAGGAAGAAUCUGAGAUACCUUCCUGUCCAUCAUUUCCAGAGCCUAAUGUCCGAAGAGGCGCGUGGUUUGAUGUUAUUGCUGUGAAACUUCCCUGUACAAGGGUGGCUGGUUGGUCAAGAGAUGUUGCAAGGCUUCAUUUGCAGCUCUCUGCGGCAAAACUGGCCGUGACUUCUUCAAGAGGCAACCGGAAGGUCCAUGUGCUCUUUGUGACGGACUGCUUCCCCAUCCCCAACCUCUUCCCCUGCAAGAACCUUGUGAAGCAUGAAGGCAAUGCUUGGUUGUAUAGGCCUGAUUUGAAAGCAGUAAGGGAGAAGCUUAGGCUUCCUGUUGGAUCAUGCGAGCUUGCUAUUCCACUUAAAGCAAAAGCAAGACUUUUCUCGGUAGACCGAAGAAGAGAAGCAUAUGCGACUAUACUGCAUUCAGCAAGUGAAUAUGUAUGUGGUGCUAUCACAGCAGCUCAGAGCAUCCGGCAAGCAGGAUCAACUAGGGACUUGGUUAUCCUUGUUGAUAACACCAUAAGUGACCACCACCGGAGAGGCUUGGAAGCUGCAGGCUGGAAGGUCAGAAUAAUUGAAAGGAUCAGGAACCCAAAAGCCGAGCGUGAUGCCUACAAUGAAUGGAACUACAGCAAGUUCAGGUUAUGGCAGCUGACGGACUACGACAAGAUCAUAUUCAUAGAUGCUGACCUCCUCAUCCUGAGGAAUGUGGACUUCCUGUUUGCAAUGCCAGAGAUCACCGCGACCGGCAACAACGCGACCCUCUUCAACUCCGGCGUCAUGGUCAUCGAGCCCUCAAACUGCACGUUCCAGCUGCUGAUGGAGCACAUCAAUGAGAUCACGUCGUACAACGGCGGUGACCAGGGGUACCUGAAUGAGAUAUUCACAUGGUGGCACCGCAUCCCGAAGCACAUGAACUUCCUGAAGCACUUCUGGGAGGGCGACAGCGAGGAGGCCAAGGCGAAGAAGACCCAGCUGUUUGGCGCCGACCCGCCGAACCUCUACGUGCUUCACUACCUGGGCCUGAAGCCAUGGCUGUGCUUCAGGGACUACGACUGCAACUGGAACAACUUCAUGAUGCGCGAGUUCGCAAGCGACGUCGCGCACAGCCGGUGGUGGAAGACGCACGACAAGAUGCCCCGGAAGCUCCAGUCCUACUGCCUUCUGAGGACAAGGCAGAAGGCUGGGCUGGAGUGGGACCGGAGGCAGGCGGAGAAGGCGAACCUGGAGGAUGGGCAUUGGCGGCGGAACAUCACCGAUCCGAGGCUCAAGACCUGCUUCGAGAAGUUUUGCUUCUGGGAGAGCAUGCUGUGGCACUGGGGCGAGGCGAAGAACCAGACGAAGAGCAUCCCCGCGCCGGCGACGCCUGCGACGAUGAGCUUGUCAAGCUCGUGAGCUGUGUAGAUAGCCCGAGAUAUUUAUACAGAAGAAAAGCUUCAUCAUAUGUAUAGCACCGUACCUGCAUAGCAGCAGCUUGUAUAGGUAGCUAUGCUUAGGGCCUUCCCCACACAAAUACAAACCCUCCUCUGUUGCCGUCCUCCUGGCUGCAGCUCUCAUCUGGCAGCCUUGGUGGUGGCCAACAAUUCUUUUGGGUUGGUUUAGCUAAUAAGUUAUCUGUGUAUGUAAAUUCUCUUACUAAGAACACGGAAUGUUUUUUCACGACAAGGAAA